CACCACACCACUGCGCUCUUUUAUGGUCUCUACAUUUUGUUUAUUUGUUCCUACUUUUACUACGUUUGUACCACACUGUAUCCACACGUCACCUUACAAAAAUUUCCAUGCCCUGCGGCUCACUCUCAUCGUCCUAGGUGGGAUUUGUAAGGACACCUGACUCCGAUUCUUCCAUGGGCCUUCAUCUUUCCUGGUAAAUAAAUACCACAUCUUUCUAACUCUUCAACUGCAAAUAAAAACAUGCGCUAGGUAUUUAAAUGGUGAAAUUGCACACGAUGAAGUUUCAUCCGUCGAUGAAAACUCCCGUGACUCUGAACUCUGACUGGCUCUCGCUUCCGAGUGGCGAACCAAACACAUGAACACCGGCCGAGUAUGGCCGGGACAGGUAGCAGAGUCAUGGAUCAUGUUACAUUCAUUUUCUUCACAAUCUCGAGAGCCAUUGAUGAGAGACUUCAGAGAGCUGACUUAAAUUGGACAACGAUCACAGUAAGCCAAGAUGUCAUGGAAGCAUCCCAUCAAAUAAUCAGCAAAGGGUGGCGAUCUACAUUGAUCAGGAUGUGUGGCAUUUGGACACUUCAUAUAUCUUAUGGUGUCGCUUAUCGACACGUCUCAGCACGUAGACAUGUGUCGAUUGGUGUAGACACGUCCCCUCUGUUUGAUUUACACCUCAAGUGCAAGUGUUGGGCAUGUGGAUCUGGCAUGACCAAAACUCAGCACCGACUCCUAAAAGUGGGGCAGAGAAUGGUCAAGCAGUGGCUGUACAAGUAUCAUGUAACAAAACAGCUUUUCAUCAUUGUAGUUUGUUUGGAUACCAAGAUACUUUGUAUGACCACGAGGGCUAACGCUAUUUCCAUAAUUGCUUCAUUCAGGGUGAUAUUGACUUCAUUUGUGGCGAUGCUCGAUCCCUCUAUGAGGAUUGAGUUGAAUUUUAUUGGCAAGGAAAAGUCUUGGAUCACAGUCCAAUAUAGACAGAAGGGAUCUGGUGAAACUGGAUUCUCCUUUGUAGGUGGUCAUAUCACUGGGCAUGGGAUGGUAUAUUUAGGACGGCCAUGGGGUGAGCUCUCGACAGUAGUAUUUUCUAACGCCCAAAUAGACCAACUGGUCAUCCCUCAGGGGGGUUGGGAUGGUUUUUGGUCAGCUGAGGACCGAAGCAAGAGAUUUGGAGUUAAUGCAGACAGCUAAUCAAAUUAAAUAUCCUUAGUCCUCAAUCAAUGCCAAUUGUGUUAUAACAAUGUAUGAAUCCUGGAUUAAAAAAGUUGGGGACAAUGUUAUGAAGGUUUCUUUGGGUCUCUGUGAUAUGGAACACUUUGGAGUGAACGCAACAGAAGGGUGUUUGCAGGUGAAAGUCUAGAUAUCUAUUCCCUAAAAACAAACACCCUUGCUACGGCGGCUAAUUGGCUCUCCACAAACAAGGAUAGCAGCUUCAUUCCUAGAAAUCAGAUUAUUCAAAACGCUGCAAACUUCCAAAGUCGAUCCAAUGGUAGACAAUCAAUAUGAGAUCCACUACAACAGGAAAAUCUAAAACUUAAUUUUGAUGGCAGCUCCUUCAAAAAUCCAUGUCUUGUUGGGUUUGGUGGAAUUGUUCGUGAUAGCAUGAGCAACAUCAUAUUGACUUUCUCGAGCCCAAGUAGCAUCACAACUGUGAAUGAGGCCGAAACAAGAGAAUUGUUGGAAGGACUGAGAUUAUUUUCCCAGUUAAGUGGAAAUAAAAUUGUUGUGGGCGAUUCAAAAAAAUGUGAUAGCAUGGGCUAAAGGAGAGAUGAAACCACCGUGGAGAUUCACAUCCCUGUUUGACGAAAUGUUUUAUUUUUUAGCUUGCGACUCUUUUGAGCUCCUUCAU